UACUUCAUUAUAAACAAAUAAUAUCUUCUGAUAAGUUUCGACAGUUUGAUUACGGACCGAUCCAAAAUUUAAAAGUUUAUAACAGUUUAACACCUCCUGAUUACGACACGUCGAAAAUUUCAGUACCUAUAGCAUUAUAUUAUGCUGAAAACGACUWUUUUUCGGAUGUUACGGAUGUUCUUCGUUUAUCGAAUGAAUUAAAAUAUCUCGMGGAUAAUUAUAAGAUACCAUUUAAAAAAUUUAAUCAUUUUGAUUUUCUUKUUGGUAUUGAUGCACCAAGGUUAGUUAACGAUAGAGUAGUUCAAACAAUGAAACGAUAUACAAAUGAAGUUUAAGGUAAUUGUUAAAUUUUUCAAGAUUUUAAUAAUAAUAAGACAAUGUUUUUAUGAAUUAAUAUUUAUCGAGCAUGUGUAAAGAUAUAAAGAUAAUCUUAUGAUGAUUUAAUUGUAUUUCU